AUGAGUCCUAUUGGGGACGUCCGGUGCUGCACCGGGACGGCAGAAUGGCACUGGCAUCCGGGCGGCGUUUCAUUUCUUGCCAAGUGCGCCGCCUGUGUAGGUUUGCGGGCCCUAGCCGUCGCUUAUGAAGAUGUUCCCAGUGGCGAUGCCGAUGGACCUGGAAGUGGAUUCCAACUCAUUGGUAUUUUGUCCAUCUUUGACCCUCCCCGUGAUGACACCAAGCAAACCAUUGACGACGCCGUUAGUCUCGGACUCAAGGUCAAGAUGGUCACUGGUGAUCAACUUGCUAUCGCAAAGUAA